CAUCGCUGGUGUAAGUGCAUUGGCUUCCUCUAAAGCUCAUUUAACUCAGCUUCGUCGUUGGAAAGUUACUAAAGUUCAAGAUUUCUGGCGUGUCCGACAAAAUUUUUUCAAAUACGAAUAUUAAAACAUAAAUCACAGAAUAAUGGCUGCCCAAGAUGACAUGCCCUCGUUUAAACUGGUGUUGGUCGGGGAUGGAGGAACUGGAAAGACAACUUUUGUUAAAAGACAUCUCACAGGGGAGUUCGAGAAGAAAUAUAUUGCCACAUUGGGUGUGGAGGUGCACCCCCUGGUCUUCCACACAAACAGAGGACCAAUCAGGUUCAACGUCUGGGACACAGCUGGUCAGGAGAAGUUUGGAGGGCUGAGGGAUGGGUACUAUAUUCAAGGUCAGUGCGCCAUCAUCAUGUUCGACGUAACGGCACGAGUCACGUACAAAAAUGUUCCCAACUGGCACAGAGACCUGGUUCGUGUCUGUGAGAACGUGCCCAUUGUACUCUGCGGCAACAAGGUCGAUGUCAAAGAUAGAAAGGUCAAGGCCAAGAGUAUCACUUUUCACAGGAAGAAAAAUUUACAGUACUACGACAUCAGUGCAAAAAGUAAUUACAACUUUGAGAAGCCCUUCCUCUGGUUAGCUAGGAAGCUGACAGGAGAUCAGAACCUGGAGUUUGUUGCCAUGCCAGCCUUGGCGCCUCCUGAAAUUGAAAUGGACCCAUCCAUGGCCAACAAAUAUGAAGAAGAACUCAAGAUUGCCCAAUCCACAGCUCUUCCUGAUGAUGACGACGACAUAUAAAUUGUUGAGGCAGAGUACAUCUUACACUUCUAUCAUUACUACUACUACUACAACUAUGUAUACUAUUAUUACUGUUAGAUUACUACUUUUUUAAGUUACCAUUACUGAUUCUAUUUUUACUUUAUAACGUUCAAUAUGGUUUCUGGCUUCUGAAUGAAAAUAUAUUGUAUUAGGUAGGUACGAUCUUUAUUUUCAUUGCGAUGUCAUUUUCAAUAUUUUUUUAUAACUUAUUGAAAAUUGUCGUAAAUUUCAUGCCAUUUUGUUGUUGCUGCUAUUAUUACUAUUAUUACUACUGCCAGCAAACUCUCAUUAAUUAUUAUUUUAGUGUUGUUUUUCUAAUAAAUAAAUGAACCAGUAAAUUGGGAAUUGCUUGGUCUGUUGAUUCGUUAGUGCUUAUAUUUAGCAUGUCAUGAUGGAAGUAACAACUGUACGUUCGUGUUUAUGUAGUGCUUGGCUGUUUUCUUCUAUUCUAAAUUUGAGACUCGUUCAAUCAUGA